AUGUACGCCCACAGAGAGCACAUCCCCCCAGCCUCAGAGACCCUGAGGACCAUCAGCCUGCAAGCUCAUAAAUCCCUGCGGCUCCACAGACCCCAAGGAAACUCCACGCGCUUUGGCCUUGGGACAGAGAGACUCAUGCGGCCACUGACGGCCUCAGAGUCUGAGCAGGGCCUGCCUGGAGGUCCCAGCACCAGGAGCCUCAACAGGCCCCCAGAGGAGACCCCUGAGAGAGACUCGGGGAGAACAGGGUGGAAGCCCACGGUGAGAGACGCUUUCAAAGACAUUUCCGUGUACUUCUCCAAGGAAGAAUGGACAGAGAUGGGAGACUGGGAGAAAAUCCGAUACAGGAAUGUGAAAAGGAACUACGAAGCCCUGAUAACUAUAGGUCUCAGAGCCCCUCGACCGGCUUUCAUGUGUCACCGCAGGCAGGCCAUCAAACCACAAGUAGAUGACACUGAGGAUUCGGAUGAAGAAUGGACGCCAAGGCAGCAAGUCAGACCUUCUUGGGUGGCAUUCAGAAUGGAGCAAAGUAAACACCAGAAGGGAAUACCCAGGGCGCCAUUAAGUAACGAAUAUAGUUUGAAGGAAUUAUCAGAAACAGCAAAGUUGCUGAACACAAGUGGCUCAGAGCAGGGCCAGAAACCAGUGUCCCUUCCUGGAGAAGCAAGUACCUCUGGACAGCACUCCCUACGAAAACUGGAACUCAGGAGAAAGGAUGUUGAAGUAAAGAUGUAUAGUCUACGAGAAAGAAAGAGUCUUGCGUACCAGGAGGUCAGCGAGCCCCAGGAUGAUGACUACCUCUAUUGUGAGAAGUGUCAGAACUUCUUCAUUGACAGCUGUGCUGUUCACGGGCCCCCUACAUUUGUAAAGGACAGUGCAGUGGACAAGGGGCAACCCAACCGCUCAGCCCUCACUCUGCCCCCUGGGCUGAGAAUCAGACCAUCAGGCAUCCCUCAGGCUGGGCUUGGAGUAUGGAACGAGGCAUCUGAUCUGCCAUUGGGGCUACACUUUGGCCCCUAUGAGGGCCAAAUCACAGAAGAUGAGGAGGCAGCCAACAGUGGAUACUCCUGGUUGAUCACCAAAGGAAGAAACUGUUAUGAGUACGUGGAUGGAAAGGAUAACUCUUGGGCCAACUGGAUGAGGUACGUGAACUGUGCCAGGGAUGAUGAGGAGCAGAAUCUGGUGGCCUUUCAGUAUCGCAGGCAGAUCUUCUACCGAACCUGCCGGGUCAUCAGGCCAGGCUGCGAACUGCUGGUCUGGUACGGGGACGAGUACGGCCAGGACUGGGCAUCAAGUGGGGAAGCAAGUGGAAGAGCGAGCUCACAGCAGGGAAAGAACCAAGGCCAGAGAUACAUCCCUGUCCUUCUUGCACUCUGGCUUUCUCCAGUCAGAAAUUCCUCAGCCAACAUUUGGAACGCAAUCACCCUUCUCAGAUCCUCCCACGAAUAUCUGCAAGAGAACAUUUCCAGCCAGAGGAUCCCUGCCCAGGCGAACAAAAUCACCAGCAGCAGCAACAUUCUGAUCCGCAGAGCUGGAAUGACAAAGCUAAAGGUCAAGAGGUCAAAGAAAGUUUCAAACCUUUGCUUGAAAGUAUAA